UCAAACUCAAACAAAACAACCGACUUUUUCGAAAAAUCCGAUACACCGCUGCUGCGCUACCGACCGAAUAUCAUCCAUUUAUUAUUGACUGAAAAUCUUCAUGUUUUUUCCUGUUCUAGAGAUUUAAUCAACGUCUGAGAGAUAUGCCACCGAAGAAGCUCGUUGCCGGUGCCGGUGGGCGAAAAAAAGCCGCCAACGGAUACCAGAUGCCGGAACCGGUACCCCGGGGAACGGUUCUCACCGAUAUGGCCAAACGGCAGUGGCGCAUUGGCCCUUCGAUUGGCAGCGGCGGAUUUGGAGAGAUUUACAGUGCCUGCGAGGACAGCUCCUCGUCGUCGAAAAAGUCCGACGACUAUCCGUAUGUGGUUAAAAUUGAACCCCACGGCAAUGGACCGUUGUUUGUGGAGAUGCACUUCUACAUGCGUAACGCCAAACAGGACGAUAUAGAAAAGUUCAAGAAAUCUCGGGGUCUCAAACAUCUCGGGAUGCCACAUUUUGUUGGCAAUGGCUCUCACGAGCUGAACAAUCUCAAACAUCGGUUCCUGGUGAUGCCCCGAUAUAGCGUAGAUCUGUGGGGAAUCUUUCUUAAAAACGAAAAACGUUUCCCGCUGCACACGGUCUACCGGAUCGGGUUGCAAAUGUUGGAUGUAUUGGAGUACAUUCAUGAGUGCACAUACGUGCAUGCGGAUCUAAAAGGGGCAAACAUUCUUUUGGGUUUUGGAAAGGGCUCUAGCAAGCAGCAACUGUUUUUGGUAGAUUUCGGUCUCGCCAGCCAUUACACUACCAAGGAUUUCAAACCGGAUCCAAAAAAGAUGCACAAUGGAACGAUUGAGUACACUUCGAGGGAUGCCCACCAUGGAGUUCCAACCAUGCGUGGUGAUAUGGAAAUUUUGGCUUACAAUGUAGUUCAAUGGACUGGAACAUUGCUGCCAUGGGAGGCCGAAAAGUUGCUGGCCAGCCCUGUCAAAGUUCAAGAAUCUAAGGAACGGCACAUGAAAGAUGUCUCUGGGUUUAUGAAAUAUUGUUUCAAAAAAGAUAUUCCCAAACCCAUUCACGAGUUUGUGAAAUACGUAGCAGCAUUGAAGUACGACGAGAAACCGGAUUACAAUAAAUGCCGCAAAAUGUUUGAAAGCGGUCUGAAAGAUUUGGGGAAGACCAAUUCUGGCGAUUUGGAGUUUGAAUUAAAAUCUUCAGCUGUCUCUUCUGCCGGAAGCUCUAAAAAGAAGGUGGUCGAAGCGGAUUCAACGGAGUCCUCUGGUCCAAUUGCUAAACCCAGAGGCAGACCAAGGAAAGUAAUUAGCACUUCACCCGAUUCAACUUCACCGGAUCCCAUUCCAACCAAAAGCAAACUGGAAACACCUUCCAAACGUAAACCAGAUAUAGCGUCCAAACGGAAACCAGAAACACCUGCCAAACCAAUCGAAAAGAGAAGGAAAUCCUCCCCGGAUCCGGAUACUCCGUUACCACAAAUAAGCAGCCGCGAUACUUCAACGCCUGCAUCCGAAGUCGUUUCAAAUAAACUCUCUGCCUUGGAACCUUCCGGCUCAAUCCGACUGAACACAAAAGCUAGCGACACGCCAACCAAAUCCAGUAACAAAGUCAAAAAGACAUACGCUUUCAACUUUGAGCUGGACGUCAGCAUCGAUGCUGAUGUAAUUGUAAACGUACGAAGAAAAAAGAAAGCUCCCGCUUCCCCAAAACCAACGCCCACGUCAUCCCCGGCCCCAUCUCAACGAACACGCAAAUCCCCAUCCCCGAUAUCCCCCUCACCCGUAGAAUCCAAACGUCCACGCCGACAAAACUCAGUUCGCAAUUACAGCAACGAGGAAAAUUCCAUAAUCUCCCUGAACACCACCGAAGGAUCGAUCGCUCCGGAUGACGAUACGGUUCCAAACAGCGAUCCCAACACACCGGAACCCAGAUACCAGGCUUCCCGAUCUAUAAUCCAAAAAACACCGCAGCGCACCGUAGGUGCCCCCUUGGUGCGGUCAAAUGCUCGGGCGGCGAUCACCCGUCCCGGUGUGUACAAAGGAAAAUCCGCAAAAUCGUAGAACGCCAGCUCACGCAUUCCACCGACCACGGGGUACUCACGGACCGACAGCGGAACUGUGUAUAUGUUUGUAAGCCUCGUGUCUAUUAACGCCAUUAUUGUUCACUUAACAAAAAUACACAAUUGUUUCAUUGCAUCUUUUACCUAUAUACUACGGUCAUUUGAAUUGUUUCUAAUACGUUAAAAUAAGUGUUAGUUGCUAAUUUUCUAUACGCUCUCAAUAAAUCCAUUGCGGCAACUGUGCCAAGUAUUAGAGACUCGUUAUCUAUGAGU